AGGAGUGGAAGUCUCUGUCUUACAGGCUCUGAGGUCCCAAAUGAAUAAUCACAUUGGAUAAACAGGUCUUUCUGUUCACCGUGCCCUGUGACUUUUUGAGUGGAUUUGAAGAAGGAAAAAAAUGCUUUAAAUAUGGAACGAUUUCUCUUAUCAUAACUUGCAGUGACUGUUUUCUCAAGCAUCUCUCCAGGUAUUUUUGCCGGUGUAGAGCAGGAAGUGGGAUGGGCCGUGUGCUCCUGAUCGAGCCGGCAGUUGGCCUGUAUGCGUUUGCCAUGUUUAUGAUCUACCCUCUGCUGCAGCAGUAUGUGUACCGUAGGCUGUGGUUUGAGCUGAGUGGCACGACCUACCCUGCUGAGAGUCUGUCUCACUGCUCAAACAACCACAGCUAUGUCACCAUUCACCAGGCAGUGCAGAAGGAGACGUCAAUUUUUCUCCUCAAGAGUGAACUGUGCUUCCUUAUUCCCAGUCUCAUUUCAGCGUUGCUCCUGGUCUCAUACAGUGACUACUGCGGGCGUAAAGUUGCCAUUGUUCCUCCUCUGGUGGGUGACACUCUGUUCGCCCUCUGCUAUGUUUUGGUCAGUAGAUUCUCCUUCAGUCUCAAUUACCUGUUAGCUGCCUCCUUCCUAUCAGGCCUGAUGGGAGGCCCCACCACUCUGAUCGGUGGAUGUUUCGCCUAUGUAGCCGACCUCUGCGGAGAAGAUCUGGAAGGACAGAAGACUGUCCGAAUGGCUCGACUGGACAUGAUUUUAGGGGUUUUGACUGGCUUAGCUUCUCUGUGCACUGGAUUCUACAUCAAAGCAGCUGGCUUCACCUGGCCCUUCCUCACCGCGGUCUUUCUACAUCUGAUAAACCUCUUCUAUGUGCUGGUGGUUUUGAAGGAGUCCCUGGUUCUUCCAAAUCCCAGUCUGUCUUCGUCCGGUCACUCAGCUUUUGAAGCCCCUCGACUGAACCAGUCUCAAGCUCUUGCCGCCCAUCUGCAGGGUGUCUACCUGCUCUUUGCAGCCUCGAAACGGAGAAGGAACAUAGUGCUGUUGCUCAUGCUGGCUGCUUUUGCCUUUUUCAGGGUAGCCCUGCAGGGUGGCAUGUCCAUCUUUAUCUUGUAUGAGCUGAACACACCUCUGUGUUGGAGUGAGGUGUUUGUGGGUUAUGGCUCGGCUCUGUCCACUGCCAUCUAUCUGGUGAGUUUCGCCGGUGUGGCGCUGCUGUCCCGCUAUCUGCCUGAUGCCUACAUCAUCCUGCUGGGGCUGAUGUCUGUGGCAGCCGGCCUCAUCAUGGCAGCGUUUGCAAAGUCUACCCUGCUCAUGUUCCUGGUGAGGUUGCCUUUGCUGCUGUCCAUCAUGCCAACUCCUGUCUUACGAUCCAUGAUGUCCAAAAUAGUGUCUGGAUCUGAGCAAGGUGCCAUGUUUGCGUGUGUAGCCUUUGUGGAGAUGCUGAGUGUUGGUGUUUCAUUUACAAUGUUCAGCAGCAUCUAUGCAGCUACACUCUCCUGGUUCUCCGGGUUUAGUUUCCUGCUGGCUGCAGGCCUAACUCUCAUACCAGCUGUCCUGAUCUGUGUUAUUCUUUGUCUCCGUCUGGAUGUGUAUGAGGAAUCCAUCAUACUGACAGAAGAGAUUAUGGAAAACCACACAGAAAUCUUAGAACUACCACCAUAACAUGGACACUGGGAGCUCAUUUCCUCGAACUCUUUGGCACAAUAGUGUCCUCUACUCUAGUGGAACGUUAGAAAACACUUGUGUGAACAGAGUAUAAAAAUCUGGAACCAAGGACUCUGAUGUGUGUAGAUGUUCUUGGUUCCUUUUUGGGAUCAGAAUGAAUCGUUUUUUAUGGUUAGAUGAAGAACAGAUGAAAGACACCAUCAUUCACAUGGGUGAAAAUGACUUUAAAUGUUUUAAAAAUGUAAAAUCAGUUUUUAUUGAAAUUUAUUUAACUUCAUGCAUACAUUGUAUAUAAGAAUAUAAAA